CCGUUUUAUCAACGUUCUACGACAUGUCGCAGGCAUGUUUUUGUCUUAGAGGUGUCGCAGACAGUUCGGUACCGUUUUAUCAACGUUUGUCGUGGUCUACGACGUCGUAGAAAAUGUCGCAGACUUACGACAACAUACGUGCCGUCGUAGACGUCUUAGCGACGUCAGUCUAUUGUAUUCAAUAUGGCCGCAUUGUUGCAUUUGUACAAUUGCCAAGGAAGGAGAAAUGAUAGACUGUUCCGUGAAAGGAUAGGAUUGGAUCAGUUAAGAGAUUUUGAGGUGAUGUCUAGAUACCGGUUAGACAGAGUGUCGAUCGAAGCUUUGAUAGGGCUACUCGCUGACGACUUGAUGAAACCUACACGGAGAUCGUGUUCAAUAAGUGCAGAAAUUCAGGUUCUUGUUACACUGAGAUACCUGGCUAAAGGUAGCUUCUACUCGGAGGUAGCAGACCUUCAUGGUGUAAGCAGGAGUAGUGUCUGCCAUGCAGUCGAGUCAGUUGUCACAGCUAUUAAUGACAAAUUAGACACCAUAAGAUUUCCCUUGGAAAGCCUGAAUUGUACAAAGUACAGUUUUUACAACAAAUGCGGGUUGCCAAAUGUCAUAGGAGCAAUUGACGGAACACUUAUUCCUAUACAGGCCCCAGCAGAAAAUGAGGCAGCAUAUGUUUGUAGGAAGGGGUUUCAUGCCAUAAAUAUGCAAGCUGUUGUUGACAGUAAUAUGAGAUUUCUGGAUAUUGUUGCAAGGUGGCCUGGAUCUCAACAUGAUUCUUUCAUCUUCAACAAUUGUGGAUUGAAGGAUGUUUUGGAGUCUGCUGAUUUAGGAUAUCUCCUUGGAGACAGUGGUUAUCCACUCAGGAGUUAUCUUAUGACACCAAUCUUAAAUCCUUCAUCAGUCGCUGAAGUAAACUUUAACAAUCAUCACAGUUCUGGUCGUUCUGUUGUAGAAAAGGCUUUUGGGGUUCUUAAAUCCAGAUUCAGGUGUUUACACAAGUCCGGGGGAUGUCUGAUGUUGAAACCAAGCAAGUGCUGCAAAGUCGCAGAAGCUUGUGUGAGGCUUCACAACUUCUGUAUUGAUAGACAGAUACCACUGAAUGAAGAUUUGGCAGAAAGUGACACCAGUGAUGACAUUUCUGUCUGCCAGCUGCCACCAUCAAGGUCUGGCUCGGAGAAAAGGUCACGGCUGGUCCGAUUAUUUCAAUGAAAUCAUUUAUUUGGAUUUGCUGUAAAUGUGUUUUUUACAACAUCAUUUUUGGCAUUUACCGAAAUAAUAAUGUAGACCAAGGAA